CGCAAAAACAGCUUUCCAGCUUAAGACCAAUACAGCCCAAUGUCCGAGAAUAUACGGGUUACCAAAAGUACACAAGCCGAACAUGCCACUUCGUCCGGUGGUAUCCAACAUUGGUGCACCCACGUAUAUGCUAUCCAAAUACGUCGGUCGGAUUUUGCAAUCGUCGAUCAACAGCAACUAUAACAUCCGUGAUUCGUUCUCUUUCUGCACCUUUAUCAAUUCCGUUCGUUUACCAGAAAACCACAUUCUGGUAUCGUUCGAUGUCAUCUCACUUUUCACGUGCAUCCCGCGUGACAUGAUACCCGGAAUCAUCAUAGAGAGAUGGGAGGAAAUCAAAAAGCAUACGCAAAUCAACCUGGACCUGUUCCUCGAGAUCGUUAAUUUCUGUCUCGAGUGUAGUUAUUUCUCAUACAGAGGAAAUUACUACAAACAGAUCUUCGGCACAGCAAUGGGCAGUCCGCUGUCCCCCAUUAUUGCAGACCUGGUGAUGGAAUCCCUCCUGGAUAAUGUGGUGAGCCGUCUAAACUUUCCCAUACCUCUCAUAAAGAAGUAUGUGGACGAUCUGGUCCUAGCACUACCACCAGACAAGGUAGUAGAGGUGAUGAACGUUUUCAACAGUUUUAAUGAAAAUAUACAGUUCACAUACGAAAUGGAAGAGAAUGGCAGACUCCCCUUCCUGGACAUGGUCUUAGUCCGUCAACAGGAUCAAACAAUUCGUACUGAAUGGUACAGUAAACCUAUGUCAUCCGGUCGUCUGUUGGACUUUCUGUCGGCUCACCCACUACAUCUCAAAAUGAACACGGUCAACAACUUUAUGCGAAGAGUACGUGAAUUCACCACAAAUCUAUCCAACGAGGCGGCGGAUAAUACGAUAGACGUCAUCCUUAAGUUAAAUCACUAUCCAGCACCCCUGCGACACCGUUUGCUGAAUAGAGGAAUUGCUCGAAGAACGAAUACUCCUCCCUCAGAUGAGACUCAAGUCGUCUAUAAAUCUAUGCUGUUUGUAAACGACCUAACACAACGUUUGAGUAAGUCACUCAAAGCUGCACUACCAAAUGUUGUUCUUGCGGCACGAUACGAGAAAACCACCAAACGACUAUACACCAACACGAAGGACGUCAUACCCCCAGAGAUGCGGAACAACGUCAUCUACCGUAUACCUUGCAAUGAUUGUGCAGCCAGAUAUGUAGGGUUAACGACAACCCAACUGAAGAAACGCAUCAGCGGACAUCGUUCAACCAUAAACCAGCUUGAAGAACUAGUGACCAGCAACAGCGACAGUCCAACGACGAAAUUUGAAAUAGAACGGUUGAGGGAAAAAACGGCACUUCUGCAACAUAGCAUUGACGAACAACAUCGGUUCAAUUUAGAAAAAACACAGAUCUUAGAUCAACACAGAAGGCAAACAGCUCUUCCUAUUCUCGAGGUUUGUCAUAUUCUAAACACUCCAAACACCAUCAACAAGAGAUCAGACAUCGAAUGUCUUAGUUCAAUGUAUGCAGGCAUUUUCCAUACACUCCACACAAAGCGAUCUGAAGUAACGAACACAGCAACAAUAACAGAAAUACCCAAUAGCUACCAAAACGAAUCCAACCAUGUUGUCCCCACUUAGGUUCCACACAUAUUCACCACUUAGCUUAAACAAAUUGGCCGUUAGUAGUGUUGUUAGAAGUGCGAACCGAAUUCGGCAAAAACAUAACUGGUGUUCAAGAGUACUUAAUUAAUUCAAAAAUAUGCUGAAGAAUGUUACUGAUUCUAUGUGUAUUUCAGAGUCGAUUCCAACGUUUUUAAAUAGUUUUUCGGACGGAUUAUGCUUCCACAAAGCCUUUCAAAACGAAAGCGAUUAACACCCCUAAUUCCCUGAAGAAGAUGUAAUACACAUCGAAACGUCGGAUGAAGGAGAAUAUCUGAUCGUUUGAUUGCAAUUGCGACUGCCACGCCGAAAAUCCUCCCAG